CUUUAUACUUCAACCAACUGUUCUCUCUCUCUUUCUUUCUCUCUCUCUCUACACUGCCGUCCAAUAAUGGCGGCCAAAGUCUUCACUCAAAACCCUAUAUGUUCUCCAUCUCUAAUUAAAGACAAAACUCCUCAACAAAAACACAAUCUUGGCCAUUUCUCUCUCUCCAAGAACACCUCUAAAAGACUCGUUGUCUCUUCUUCUAUAAUGUCCCCUCCGAUUCCAUCUUCUCUACUCGCUCUCCCUUCUUCCUCUUCCUCUUCUUCUUCUUCUUUUUCUACUUCUCAGGUCAUUCCUCCUUCAAGAGCACCUGCAGCAACGCUACCGUUGUCUCGGGUUUGGAGAGAGAUACAAGGAAGCAAUAACUGGGAAAAUCUCAUUGACCCUUUAAGCCCUAUUCUCCAACAAGAGAUUACUCGCUACGGGAACUUACUCUCCGCUUCUUACAAAGGGUUUGAUCUAAACCCUAACUCCAAACGUUACUUGAACUGCAAGUAUGGAAAAAAGAACUUGCUUAAAGAAUCUGGAAUCCAUGACCCUGAUGGAUACCAAGUCACCAAGUAUAUCUACGCAACUCCAGACAUCAACCUCAACCCUAUCAAGAACGAGCCUAACCGUGCUCGAUGGAUUGGUUAUGUAGCGGUUUCUUCUGAUGAAUCAGUGAAACGUUUGGGGAGGAGGGAUAUUGUGGUGACGUUUCGUGGCACUGUGACCAACCAUGAGUGGUUAGCUAACCUAAAGAGCUCUUUGACUCCGGCUCGGCUUGAUCCUCAUAACCCUCGUCCUGAUGUCAAGGUCGAAUCCGGGUUCUUAGGUUUAUACACAUCCGGUGAGAGUGAGAGCAAAUUCGGGCUAGAAAGCUGCCGUGAGCAGCUUCUCUCUGAGAUCUCGAGGCUUAUGAACAAGCACAAAGGCGAGGAAAUGAGCAUCACGCUUGCGGGACAUAGUAUGGGGAGUUCGCUAGCUCACCUUCUAGCUUACGACAUAGCAGAACUCGGUAUGAACCAGAGAAGUGGUGAGAAAGCUGUUCCGGUGACCGUGUUUUCGUUUGCGGGUCCUAGGGUUGGUAACUUGGGGUUCAAAAAACGGUGUGAGGAGCUAGGAGUUAAAGUCUUGAGGAUCACGAAUGUAAACGAUCCGAUCACCAAACUUCCCGGCUUCUUGUUCAACGAGAAUUUCAGAUCUUUAGGUGGUGUUUACGAACUUCCUUGGAGCUGCUCUUGCUACACUCACGUGGGAGUCGAACUCACCCUCGACUUCUUCGAUGUUCAAAACAUUUCUUGUGUCCAUGACCUCGAGACUUACAUCAAUUUAGUAAACCGUCCGAGAUGCUCGAAAUCGGCAGUUAAUGAAGACAAUUUUGGCGGCGAGUUUUUGAACAGAACAAGUGAGAUGAUGUUCGGUAAGGGACGACGUCGAGCGUUGCAUUUAACAAACGCAGCGACCAAUGCGGCAUAUCUACUUUGUUCUAUAUCCAACCAUAUGUUGUAUUAUAAUAUCUUUUAGGUCUAGAUUGAUCCAAGCUACAAAUUUUGAUCUUUUUUUAAGACAGGACAAAAUAAUUGUUGCCCUAUCUUUUACGUAGCAAGUACAUAUAUAGAUGUGUAUAUGCAAAACCUAAUAUGCUUCCGUGUAUUUGGGGAAUGAAGCUUUUAGAACGGCUAUGAUAAUUCAAGAUGGUUUGCAACUAUUUUUCAAGAUCUUUUUUGUCUGGUUUUAUGUAAAUAUCAUCAAUUAACGAAACACUUUAUU